AGGAGGGAGGAGGGAGGAGGAGCUGGGUGUUGCCUCUCCUCCCUCCACAAGCUCUGGAAGUCAAGUCUGGGGUUCCCAGUUGAGCUCUAGCCCGUUAUUUGCCCGCACUUCCACGUUUCUGCUACUCCGCUGCCAGUUACCUGCAUUAUCGGACCACCAUGGGAGUCGAAGGCUGCACCAAAUUCAUGAAAUACCUGCUGUUUUUCUUAAAUUUCAUCUUCUGGCUUGCUGGAGGUGUGAUCCUGGGCGUGGCCCUUUGGUUGAGACAUGACCAAACGAUCAGCAACCUGAUGUCGCUUGAAGUGGACGGAGCCCAUGCCCCCACCUCCUUCUACACAUGUGUCCACAUUCUGAUCGCAGUGGGCACUGUGAUGAUGGUGGUCGGUUUCCUUGGCUGCUACGGUGCCAUUCAGGAGUCCCAGUGUUUAUUGGGAACUUUUUUUGUCUGCCUGGUCAUCCUGUUCGCCUGUGAAGUUGCUGCUGGGAUCUGGGGUUACAUGAACAAAGACACUGUUUCAGAGGAAAUGAAGAACUUCUAUGACUCUGUCUAUGACAUGGCCAUGUCAGACACCCUUACUGACCCAAAUAAAAAGUCGGCUGUUGGACAGGUGCUCAAGGUCUUCCAUGAGACGCUUCAAUGCUGCGGUAAGGACAAGGCGACCUCAGUUUUCUCAGUGAUAACAAGUAAAGUCGGCUUUCAGGACGUCUGCUCCAGCCAAUAUGCCUUUGUUGACUGCCACGGGAAAAUCAACGCACUCUUUUCAGAGAAGAUUCAUCUGGUGGGAAUCGCUGCGCUGGUGGUUGCUGUCAUAAUGAUCUUUGAGAUGAUCUUCAGCAUGGUGUUGUGCUGCGGGAUCCGCAACAGCCCCGUGUAUUAAAGCAGCUGAGUGGAUAGAAGAACCACAUCAGUCACAGCCUGUUUUUCUUUUCUUUUUUACAUCAAAUUAUCUCAUAUAAUGCUUGCUGGAUUUAGUCAGCUCUUUAAAAUGCUGCCCUAAAAAAAAAAUAAUAAUAAAAAAUUCAUUACACUGUUCCAUGUUUUUUUUAUUCACAGAUGCUGUCAUAUACAAGCAGCCCUAUUCUUUUAUAAUUUGUAGUGUGGUUUUAAGCAAUCAUUCAUUGGUUCCAAUCACCGGUCAAGGUGCUGUAGUUCUUUGGAGUUUUUUUGUUAAAGUUUGUUUUGUGUGUAUUGGUUUUUACUUCAGUCCUGCCCUAUGAACAUGCUCAUACAUUCUCUGUUUUAUGGGUUUAUUUGACUGUUUUCUGUAUAAACUGUAUAUAAAUAUAUGUUAACAGUGCUUUAUGUCUGCCUGAGCAUAGAUAUGGUAUUACACAAGGUGUCUAUCCAGUAGUUUCUCUUUACUAACCUCUGCUUGAUUGUCUCGCUUUAGACUGUGUGUUACUAACACUACAGCGGUCGGCCUUAUCGACAGACGAAGCUCACCCCACAUCCAUGUUAAUAUGGUAUGUCUGCAUGAAACUAGUUCAUUUCAAAUGCUGUUGGGAACACCAGUCACCAGUGUUGCCUGCAAGUAUUUACUAAUCUUAGGGGAAAAAAAGUUCUUUCACUUAAACUAAACGUUUAGAUCUUUAUUUACCCUCAUCAGCUGCCGUAGUGAAUUUAAAAAUGAGUACAACGACAAGACCGAGAAACAACAGAAGUUAUGCUUGUAGGUUUAUCAUAAUUCUGACUACAUUUGUGGUUUUUGCAUAUUGGCCAUCCGUCUCCAUUUACAUGGUGACGUCCUCCUCUGACCUCUGACCUCUGAGUGUUGAUGUCUGCCAUCCAUGUACCAACACUUUUUAGUAGAGGUCCAGAUGGAGCAGAGGCAGCAGAUCUGUUUGGGUUCCAAAUUUACUCUACAAGAUGCAUCUGUUGCUCACACACACACGCCCACACACACACACACGCCCACCAAUCAGCACUGCCUGGAAAUACUUCACUGCAUCUUUCUAACCCCCUAUGUAGUCUUAGCCUAUAUAAACCAUGCCUUGUAAACUGAGAAACAGUGGAAGUGUGUAAUACACCUUUAAUGUAUCCUAGUAGAGAAGGUUGUAGAGAACAAUGUAUGCCUUUUUUCUCUUUGUAUCGCGAUAUCUUUGUCUGGUAUGUCAAACAAAGUCUGGUGAGGGGGAGAGAGGUGUUCAGUGGCAGGGUCAGCUUUUCCCCCAGAUUAUUAAAAUAAACUAAAAAGAAUAAAGUACAGCAUUUAUUUGGCUCUUAAUGAGGACACACUGCGUUUCUCCAAGUUGAUAUACUUCCUAUUUGACAAAGAACGCUCACUGCCAAAAGUCUGGCCCUCUUUUUGCCCUUAUGGACUUUGUUUUGCCCGGAUUUAAAGGGAUUAAAUGUAUUUUCCAAGUAAGUCAUUUCCUGGUCUGGUCUUUGUUUUGAAGCAUGCUGCUCUGUGAUAUAGAGAGUCUUUAUCAGUCUUUAAAAGUGAGUGAUACAUGAACCUGUAGAUAGAAUAGAACUCAUUUGACAAAAAAAAAAAUUAAUUAUCAUGAUCACAGAUUUAAAAAGUUUUACUGAAUUAAUGCUUAUUUUUUUUAACAAACUGCUUUAAAAACCCAUGUGUGUCACCCAACUUGGCCCGGGAUUAUAAUUAACACCACGGUUCAAGCCAUGGAGGGGCCAGUUAGUCCAUAUUAAGAUGAGUAUUUUUGAUGUAUUACAUGACAGUAUGUGAUGAGGCAGAUAAUCUGUGAAAAGAUUGAUGUCCUCCAUGAGCUACUAUUGCCAUCUGAAGAAAUACAGCAAAAACAACCAACCAGAGCCAAGAUAAGGGUUUUGACACUGUCAAUCAAGCUCAUGUACUCGAUGCUCAAUGUGCUAAUAACUUACCGUUACAGGAAAACUGUUUAUUCAGUUACCUGUGGUCAUGCUAACAAGCAUUAGCAUUCAGGACAGGUUAUGCCAGCUGCAGCAUUGCAGAGAGAACAGGGGGCGUGCAAGAGAGGGAAAAGCAGCGCCACACGGAUGGUGAUUGACAGCACUAAGACCCUCCUGGUUCUGAUUGGUUUCUAGUUUCUUGAUGUUUUUUUGUUUCUUUUUUUCACUGAUUUGUUUUACACCACACUGGUGACGGUUUCAACAAAUAUGUAAAAAAAAAAAGAGAGAAUAAAA